AUGUCUUUGGACGGUCUUCUCAGCGAAGUUAGAAACUUCCACUCGCACAACCUUGAUGUUGCACUUGGUGAGCAACUCUUCUACGGAAACAAGCGUGUCUUCUCCGAUGUUCGACCAGGAACCUCGAAUCAAGGAGGUGAUAACCAAAACAAAGGAGGAAAAGGAAAUAAGAGCGAGUUGAAGGGCGCCAUUGACAACGCCAAGAAUAUUGCCAACAAGGCUUUGAACGAAGGACCAUCGGGAACUGGUGAGUUUAAUCUUUGCGGAGUCAAUUUAGUUUAUUGAUUUUUUGAUUUCCAGAUGGGGCUGUCGUCGAUUCUCUUCGCGCUGAUCACAGCGAACUCGCCCAAAAGGUCGAUGCUCUUUCGGAUCUCAUCAAGCAACUUCAACUCGAAAUCCAAUCGUUGAAAUCUGGAAAGGUACUUAUCCUUGGUGAUGGAAAUCUAUCAUUUUCCCUCUCUAUUGCCCUGUCUAGACCACUUUCUCAUUUUACUUGCACAGUUUUUGAUUCUCGUGAGAUGUUUCUUGAAAAAUAUGGGGCUUUUGAGACUUUAGAUGAGUUGAGUAAUUUGCAUAAUGUUGAGUUAGUUUUCGCGGUUGAUGCGACGAAAUUGGAGACGAAUUCGAUGUUGGGUGGAGGUUUUGAUGAAAUUAUCAUGAAUUUUCCGCAUCCUGGAGGGAAAACGAAUCUGAAGAAGAGUCGCAUAUUGUUGAGCGGAAUUUUCAGGAGUUUGAGGAAAAUUAUGAGCCCCGAAGCAAGAUUUCGGCUAAGUCUUGCUAUUGGACAAUCUGGUCUUGAUUUCACCUCAAACAUCGAAAUGGAAACUCUUCCUCUUCACAAAAAAGACUCCUGGCAAGCGAUUUACUUGGGAGCUGAAGAAGGUUUCACCUUGGAGAAGCUAGAAGAAUUCGAUCCAGAUUUGUAUGCUUCAUAUAAAUCUGCUGGUUAUAAAGAGACUAAAAAGGGAUUCAAUAAUCGAAAAGGUCUAACCUUAGUGUUUCGAACUUCACCAAUCGAUAAUCAAGAAGUUCCACUAGAACAAUGGAAAGCUUUGAAUGAAGAGGAGAAUUCGCAAUCUUUCAGCUAUAUCCGCCCAUUUUACAUUCAAGAUCUAUCAUUUCUAUUCAAAGAAGAGGAAUAUUCAGGUGAAAUUUUGGCACUGAAUCUUGUUGAAAAGUUAUCUGGAAGUUGCAUCGCUGAGAUCAAAGAAGUUGGAGAGCUUCGAUCAAUUUGUCCAAAUCCCGAACUUCCAAAUCGUAUUUAUCGAAUAAUUUGGCAAGGGAGAAAAGUUCCAUUUGGAAGAGCAACUUGUGCUAGAAUUCAUGAGGAAUUGAGAAGGAAAAUUGUUGAGAGAAUUGAGAAGCUUAAUUUGCCUCUAGUUUUGACCUAGGUUUCAUCUAUAGAGAAUUCUAGAAUUUUUGGAUCUCAUUUUCUGAGGGAAAAGCCUUACCCCCUAAUUUUUGUUGUAAUUCACGGGUUUUUGAAUUUCAUAAACUGUUUUUUCUGAUCUUCUGAACAUUUCAAACAAUUCUUUGAUUUUCAGACGGCUGCUCCAGCUCCAGCUGCUGCCGCCCCAGCCGCCGCUGCUCCAGCUGGUGACGACGACGAUUUCGAUUUGUUCGGAUCGGACGAAGAAGAUGAUGAGGAGAAAAAGAGAAUCACCGAAGAGCGAUUGAAGGCCUACAACGAGAAGAAAUCGAAGAAGGCCGCUGUCAUCGCCAAAUCCUCGGUUAUCUUGGAUGUUAAGCCAUGGGACGAUGAGACCGAUUUGGCUGAGUUGGAGAAACUCGUCCGAAGCAUCGAAUUGGACGGUUUGGUCUGGGGAGGUGGCAAAUUGAUCCCAAUUGGAUAUGGUAAGGAAUUUGAGUUUUUGAAAUGAGGAAAUUCACUAUUCAGUUAUCGAAAAAUAACUGGCAGAUUUUUCUUGAAGAAAGUUCUAGCCUUAUGAAGUCAAUACUUUACCACUUACAAUUAGAAUUCAUAUUCACAUGUUGUCAAAAUUGAGCAAAAGUAGAAGAGAUUGUGAACGCCUCAAAUUCUACUUGAAAAAUUCCCUUUCCAAAAAUAUUUUAUUCCAGGAAUCAAAAAACUCCAAAUCAUCUGCGUCAUCGAGGACUUGAAGGUUUCGGUCGACGAUUUGAUCGAAAAAAUCACCGACGACUUCGAAAGCCACGUCCAAUCCGUCGAUAUCGUCGCCUUCAACAAAAUCUAA